GCAGGGCUGGUUAUUGGGUUUUUUGUCGCGGCUUCGCAGAGUGAGCGGGUUUCAUUGUCGUGGAUCGUAAGCUGCACACAGCGGAAACAUGAGGGGUGAACGUGGACGUGGCCGUGGACGCUUUGGCGCCAGAGUUGGACCUGGCACUGGUUUCAGGCCGUUUGUCCCACACAUUCCCUUCGAUUUCCAUGUGUGUGAAAUGGCGUUCCCACGUGUGAAACCCGCCCCCGAUGAGACAGCUUUCAGUGAGUCCUUGCUAAAACGGAACCAAGAUCUGGCCCCAACACCAACUGAACAAGCAUCCAUUCUGUCUCUGGUAACAAAGGUUAAUAAUGUAAUUGACAACUUGAUUGUAGCACCUGGAAGCUUUGAAGUGCAAAUUGAAGAAGUACGGCAAGUAGGAUCUUACAAGAAAGGAACAAUGACCACUGGUCACAAUGUAGCAGAUUUGGUCGUCAUCUUAAAAAUUUUGCCCACAUUGGAAGCAGUUUCUGCUUUGGGAGUGAAGGUUCUGGAAACUCUAAAAACGCAAGACUCUGCUGAAACGUUAACCAUGCUGUCUAAUACAACUGGAUUUGAGAUCAGUUCUGCAGACGCUACUGUUAAAGUCCUUAUUGCCACUGUGCCUCCAAAUCUCCGCAAACUGGACCCAGAGCUUCACUUGGACAUUAAAGUCCUCCAGAGUGCUUUGGCUGCAAUUCGGCACGCUCGCUGGUUUGAAGAGAAUGCAUCACAUUCAACUGUAAAGGUUUUGAUCCGUUUGCUCAAAGACUUAAGGAGCCGUUUUGCUGGUUUUGAGCCUCUGACCCCUUGGAUCAUUGACCUCUUGGGACAUUAUGCAGUAAUGAAUAACCCCUCCAGACAGCCAUUGGCCAUACACAUUGCAUACAGACGUUGCCUCCAGAUGCUUGCAGCUGGCCUCUUCCUACCUGGUUCAGUUGGAAUCACAGACCCAUGUGAGAGUGGGAAUUUCAGAGUUCACACUGUCAUGACUCUGGAGCAGCAGGAUGCUGUUUGUUACACAGCCCAGACACUGGUCCGCAUCCUUUCCCAUGGAGGCUACAGGAAGAUUCUGGGAUUGGAAGGCGAUGCUAGUGCUCUAGCCACAGAGAUGUCCACUUGGGAUGGAGUUAUUGUCACUCCCUCAGAGAAGGCAUAUGAAAGGCCUCCUGAGCGAAAGGAAGGAGAGGAGGAUGAUAAUCCUGACAUUCCAGAAGGAGCAGAGGAGGAAGAGAACAUGGAGACACAGGAGUAAUUUAAAAAGGUUCUGAUUGGUUUAUGGAUGCCCCAGACUGGUCCACGAGGCGGCAUUUUUUUAGGUCUAUUUCCAGACCAACCCCACCAAGUUUUGGUGUCUUGUUUCAACUUGUGUUGUCUUUUGUUUUGGUUUUAUACAUUGUAGCGGUUCUUUUUAUUUUUUUUUGCCAACAAUAAAUUUUUAUUCCUCACCUUCA